AUGGCUCACCGCUCCAUGCAGAAAGGGCUUUCAAAGAUGGAGAACAAGCAGCAAACCGCCUCUUCAUCAAACAUCGAAGGUGGAUCGCUGGACCGACUCCUCCCCUCAGUGAGCACAGGCCUGACACCUUGGAAACAACCCACCAGCCAUUGCAAGUCUGACCCUCCUCUCCUACGCACCGCCAAACGAACCGUCUACACCGCUGUACGCCCGCCUUGGUACAACGAACAUGGAACCCAGUCCAAAGAGGCCUUCGUCAUUGGUCUGUGCGGCGGCAGCGCUUCAGGAAAGACGACAGUAGCCAGGAAAAUCAUCGAGGCUCUAGAUGUGCCUUGGGUUGUUCUCCUUUCAAUGGACUCUUUUUACAAUGUCAUCACCCCAGACGAGCAGAUACUGGCCGCCAGUAACAACUAUAACUUUGACCACCCUGAUGCCUUUGACUUUGGUUUGCUGACACAAACCCUGCGCAGCCUCAAACAAGGCAAGAGCGUUAAAAUCCCUGUGUAUAACUUUACAACCAAUGAUAGACGGAAGGAGUGGAAAACUGUCUAUGGAGCCAAUGUUAUCAUCUUUGAGGGAAUCAUGGCCUUUACGGAUAAAGAGAUCCUACAGUUGCUGGACAUGAAGAUUUUUGUGGACACUGAUUCUGACACUCGCUUGCUGCGCCGGUUGAGGAGGGACAUUACAGAUAGGGGGCGAGACGUCGAGCGCGUCCUUAAACAAUACAACAGGUUCGUGAAGCCAGCGUUUGAGCAGUACAUAGAGCCCACAAUGCACCUGGCUGAUAUUGUGGUGCCACGUGGUGGCACCAACAUGGUGGCCAUUGAUCUGAUCGUGCGGCAUGUACAAAGUCAGCUGGAGGAGCGCGAGCUCGGUGUCAGGGCAGCCCUGGCAUCUGCAGACCAGGGACAACCACUCCCCGAGACCCUCAGCAUCCUGGAGAGCACACCCCAGGUUAGGGGUAUGCACACCAUCAUCAGAAAUAUGGAAACCAGCCGCAAUGAUUUGAUCUUCUACUCCAAGAGGCUGAUGCAUCUGUUGAUCGAGAGAGCGCUCUCCUUCCUCCCCUCACAGGUCCACCUAGUCCAGACCCCUCGAGGAGAGGAUUAUGAAGGCAGGACCUUUCAUGGGAAUAGGAUCACAGGCGUUUCCAUCCUGCGAGCCGGGGAGACCAUGGAGCCGGCACUCAGGGCCGUCUGCAAAGACGUCCGCAUCGGCAAGAUCCUCAUUCAGACCAACCAGGAAACAGCAGAACCAGAGCUUCACUACCUGCGUCUACCUAAAGACAUCAGUGAGGAUCAUGUGAUUCUGAUGGACGGCACCGUGUGCACUGGAGCCGCUGCCAUGAUGGCUGUACGAGUCCUGCUGGAUCAUGGUGUUCAGGAGGACAGAAUCCUGCUGGUGUCUCUGCUAAUGGCGGAAAUGGGAGUCCAUUCAGUGGCCUACGCGUUUCCACAGGUCAAAAUCAUCACAACAGCUGUCGUCAAGAAUGUCAAUGACCUCUUCCACAUCAUACCUGGCGUGGGAAACCUUGGGGAUCGAUACUUUGGAAAGGAGCCAGGUCCUGACUGGAGCGAUGAAGAGGACGAGCCAAGUUACUAACGGUUUAUUGACUGUUCACUAAAGUGUCUGGGGAUGCUCUGAGGACAAUACGAGGAUAUGCUCUUUGCUUCGGUCAGGACAAGACAUUCUGUACGUUUUUUUUCCCCUCUAUAUCUCAGAGGAAUACCCACAAUCCCUUGCCCCCAGGGCUUACCGCUCCCUGCUAGUAUAUAUCUCCACACCAGGUGGCACUGUUUAUCCCAUUUAGCGGGAUUUAAUAUAAACCCUUUUAAAUAUGUUCCAGUGGCACAAAACAAGACAUUCGAUGACAUCACCUCAAGCUUCUGGAUUGUUCUCUGUGGUUAAACUAGAUUUGAAUAAUUCCACUCCAUUCCCAGUAAUGGGUCUGAGUAGCGGUAAAUGAGCUGGAGAGUUGACUGAGACUACUGUUGUCAUUUAGAUUGAAUAGACAAGCAGAGGCCGCUUGCCAGCGCGUGGCGUCUUGGAUCGGACAUUGUUGCCAUUGCAGAGAGGAGCAGUGAUACGCACUCUCACACAAACACAGAAACAAACCUUCAAUUUAUCUCACUCGUGUUUGGUCCCAGUCUCAAGUCAAACUGUGUUGAAUCUGAGGCCGGUUGCAUCAGCCCACUUACCCAUGAGCACUGGUGCCGUGAGCAGGAGUGCAGUGAAUAAUUGAAGCAGCUCUGUGGAGUCGUGCUCGUGCCAGAGACGAGUUUGGAGCUCUUGUUCCAUUUUAGGACAAUGAAUCCAGAAUUAUCUAAAAAGAAGAGGACUUCAUCAAUACAUUAGACUUUUGUGAAUUUAAUAUUCACACAAAGAGCAUAUGUCACUUCUCAUCUUUAGUUUCUCAUGGUUGGAUUUACAGAAGUUGAAAUAAAUUGAAUAAGAGUGUUGAA